AAGACAUUUGCACACUCAUCACAUCUUCAGAGUCACCAGAGAACACACACGGGCGAGAAGCCGUUCCUGUGCUCUGUGUGCGGGAAGACAUUUGCACACUCAUCACAUCUUCAGAGUCACCAGAGAACACACAAGGGCGAGAAGCCGUUCCUGUGCUCUGUGUGCGGGAAGACAUUUGCACACUCAUCACAUCUUCAGAGUCACCAGAGAACACACACGGGCGAGAAGCCGUUCCUGUGUUCUGUGUGUGGGAAGACAUUUGCACAGUCAUCACAUCUUCAGAGUCAUCAGAGAACACACACGGGCGAGAAGCCAUUCGUGUGCCCUGUGUGUGGGAAGACAUUUUCAAAGUCAUCAAAUCUUCAUAGUCAUCAGAGAACACACACGGGCGAGAAGCCAUUUCUGUGCCCUGUGUGUGGGAAGACAUUUGCAGACUCAUCAACCAGGAACAGACACCAGAGAACACACACGGGCGAGAAGCCGUUCCUGUGCUCUGUGUGCGGGAAGACAUUUGCACACUCAUCACAUCUUCAGAGUCACCAGAGAACACACACGGGCGAGAAGCCGUUCCUGUGUUCUGUGUGUGGGAAGACAUUUGCACAGUCAUCACAUCUUCAGAGUCAUCAGAGAACACACACGGGCGAGAAGCCAUUCGUGUGCCCUGUGUGUGGGAAGACAUUUUCAAAGUCAUCAAAUCUUCAUAGUCAUCAGAGAACACACACGGGCGAGAAGCCAUUCCUGUGCCCUGUGUGUGGGAAGACAUUUUCCAAGUCAUCAAAUCUUCAUAGUCAUCAGAGAACACACACGGGCGAGAAGAAGCCAUUCAAUUGCUCUGUGUGUGGGAAGUCCUUUUCAUGGCCAUCACAUCUUCAGAGACACCAGAGAACACACACGGGCGAGAAGCCGUUCCUGUGCUCUGUGUGCGGGAAGACAUUUGCACACUCAUCACAUCUUCAGAGUCACCAGAGAACACACACGGGCGAGAAGCCGUUCCUGUGCUCUGUGUGCGGGAAGACAUUUGCACACUCAUCACAUCUUCAGAGUCACCAGAGAACACACAAGGGCGAGAAGCCGUUCUUGUGCUCUGUGUGCGGGAAGACAUUUGCACACUCAUCACAUCUUCAGAGUCACCAGAGAACACACACGGGCGAGAAGCCGUUCCUGUGUUCUGUGUGUGGGAAGACAUUUGCACAGUCAUCACAUCUUCAGAGUCAUCAGAGAACACACACGGGCGAGAAGCCAUUCGUGUGCCCUGUGUGUGGGAAGACAUUUUCAAAGUCAUCAAAUCUUCAUAGUCAUCAGAGAACACACACGGGCGAGAAG